AUGAAACGAAGCAAUGGAGAUGGAGUGAACUUUAGUAAUGUGCAUGUGCCGGAGGUGGUGGGGUCUUUUAAAUAUAGGGGGGAGGUGGAGAUGGUGAUGGUGGUGGAGGAGACUUAUAAACAUGCGGAGGUGGCGGUGAUGGUGAAGGAGGAGGUGGUGACUUAUAAAUAUAAGGAGGUGGAGAAGGAGAUUUUGAUGGAGGUGGUGGAGACAUAUGGAGGGGAAGGAGAUUUUAGUGGAGGUGGUGGAGACUUGAAGAUAUAUGGUGGUGGUGGGGAUGGUGAAGGUGGUGGUGGUGAUUUAUAUAUAAAAGGAGGAGGAGGAGAUUUUGCUGGAGGCGGNACUUAUCAAUAUAAGGUGGUGGAGGAGGAGAUUUCAGUGGAGGUGGUGGAGACUUAUAUACGUAUGGAGGUGGUGGUGAAGGUGACGGUGGAGGAGCAGGAGAUUUCAGUGGAGGUGGUGGAGACUUAUAGACGUACAGAGGUGAUGGUGGAGGAGGAGGAGAUUUCAGUUCAGGUGGUGGAAACUUAUCUACGUACGGUGGUGGUGGUGAAGGUGACGGUGGAGGAGGUGAAGAUUUCAGUAGAGGUGGUGGAGACUUAUAAACGUACGGAGGUGGUGGUGAAGGUGACGGUGGAGGAGGAGGAGAUUUCAGUGGAGGUGGUGGAGACUUAUAGACGUACGGAGGUGGUGGUGAAGGUGACGGUGGAGGAGGAGAUUUGUACAUAUAUGGAGGUGGCGGAGAUGGCGAAGGCGGAGGUAUAA